AUGACCGAAGAGGUCAGCUUUCAAGAUGUCGAGGCGGGCACCGGCAAGAGCAAUGUUGGGUGGAAGAAGAUCCAGUUCUGCGCGGAUAAGGCUGCGGCUGAUGGCCUUCGAUACUUCUGGAUAGAUACUUGCUGCAUCAACCAAAGCAACAAAAUCGAAGUCGCCGACUUCAUCAAAUCAAUGUACUUGUGGUACGCUCAAUCCAAAAAGUGUUUUGUCUACCUCGAGGAUGUCGAUGAAUUAGACCCUCAGUCUUCCGUCGAAGAUCAGAUGCGAGCUGCCAGGUGGUUUACGCGUGGCUGGACACUUCAGGGAUUGAUCGCUCCGAAGGAAGUCGAAUUCUAUUCCAGCAAUCACACGCUUCUGGGAACGAAAAAGACGUACAGUAAGCUCAUCAACGAGACAACCAAAAUUCCGGUGGAUGCCUUUUGCAACGAGGAGCCUCUGUCAGCGUUCAGCCUGGCCCAGAGGUUCCAUUGGAGAUCACGGCGCUCUACCAAGCGCGAUGAGGACACAGCAUACAGCCUGUUGGCUAUCCUGGAGGUUGAUAUCGAGAUCAUCUAUGGCGGAGAGAAUCAAGCAUUUUCACGACUACUCAACGAGGUGGCCCGAAGAGAAGGAGGUAUGUUGAAGCGUAAUCUCAUAGGCAACGCGGCGUACUAA